CAGAACCUAACAACUUCCACAUUAUUAACACGUCUUCUCAAAGCAUCUCAAUCUCAUAGAAAUCAUGCACUUUAACAACUUCUUCACUUCCAUUGGGGUAAUGGCUUUACUGCCAGCCUUUGCUCUGGUGAUGGCCGACGACUGCAAGAUAACGCCGUCAACUGAGCACUUUGACAUCCCACUCGACUUUUGUUAUUUCCACGACUUUGGCAUAGUCGAUGUCCGAGUCGAGAUACCAGGAGCCAAUCUCAGACCCAAAGACAAGGCCGAUCACCUGGAGCUUCCCGCUCACGUCAAGGCAAAUGCUAGCCCCAUUCAUCUGGAUGAGACGUAUGGAGUCAACAUUUACUUCAAAAACGACUGGACGAAUGCCCAUCGUUGGGAAGUCAAUAUUCCUGUUAUCGCGUCACUCUUCGUUGACCUGCAGACGCGAAUUGAUCGCUCAAAUUGCAAGCUUGGGAUGAAACUUCACUUGACAGGCAAGGGUAUCUUGGGGAGACUGGAGGAGAGUAUCCCCCUAACGGAGAUUGAUAAUGAUGGAAUCAAGUUUCUCGCACAAAGUAUGGGGCUGUGUUAAGAUUAGGUAAAUUUCAGGAUAUUAAAGUGGCUCAAUUCUAUUCUAGAGUAAUUAGUAGGUGUCGGGUUGAAGGGAGGAUUGGGCAGCCUAAACUAUGGUCUGUACUCUAUUUUAUUCCGCGGGUAUUCAACAUACUACGAUCUUUUGUCUUCUCAUAUUACUUGAAUGCAAUAAAUUCCCUCUUAGGAACCUCAUUUCUCUAUCAAGGUAUAUGUAGUCUUAUUGUAUUAGGC